GAACGACAUGGGCUGCGUGCAAAGGCUCCACCAAGAUCGAGUGCCGGACGAAGGGCCAGUGCAUCAGAAUGGAACACGUCUGUAACGGAGGACGAGACUGUACCGACAACUCCGACGAGGAUCCCGACCUGUGCAAGAUAUGGAAAUUCAAAACGGAUUCCUGCUCUAACUCACGAGUGUCUUGCAAAGGAAGUUGCUACAGUUUCUCGCGUUUCUGCAACAGAAAGGAGUGUUCUUCCAAGAUGCAUCCGAGAGUUUGCCAGAUGGUGAAGGAGAAGAAAUUCAACAUAGCAACGGAAGCAGAACCAGCAUACACACCCGCACCGUUGCAAAUGAUGUCUAUGAUAAGCGAGGUGGAACACAUCGCUGAACAAGCCGUGAACACAACACAAGUUGAAGAAGAUCCACUUUCUUGUCCCAAUCUGUACACGCGAGUCGGUGAUCGCUGUCUGUCUCUCUUCUCAAUUGCAAAGGUCCCGUGGCCAGAAUCGAGGCAGUUUUGCAGGUCAAUUUACGGUGACCUCGUGACCUUCGAUGACGUCCAGAGCUUCGCCGACUUGCUCCAAUAUAUGGCAGAAAAGGAGCUGACAACUGACUUCUGGAUCGGUGGCAGGUUUGAGUCGGGAGUGUCAGCGUGGGCGUGGGUGGGCGCCGACAAGCCCAUGCCUCUGGGUUCUCCGUUCUGGGCUCUAAGGCACAGCAGCGCGUGUGUCCCUCGUCCUCCUCCUCAAACCGACCCCUUCAGUGCCCCUCGGAACGCCACGCCGGGAGCACUGUGCUCUCACUACCUGCAGGCGCCGAAGGAACGCGCGCAGGGAUGGUGCAGUGUCAUGUCAUACGAACACCACUACUACAUAAGUGACGAGGAAUGCCAAAACACCCACAGUCCUCUGUGUGUGUUGAAACGGGGAUCUGACAGUCUCUGAAAUGGGGACUGACUCAUGUCCUCAUUAUGGGGUGGUCAUUAAAGAAAAAAUAAUGAGAAGGGCGGAAAUUAAUUAUGGUAAUGAUGGAGAUUGAAUCGUGGGAGAGGAAGAUGGAGUAAGGUUUAAGAAAAGAA